AUGCCGAUCGUGUUACUCCCAUCCGACGAUCCGCUCAUCAGCGCGGCACAAGAUGGACAAAUCGCGACAAUUGAGAAAGCAUUAGAAGAUGGAAAAUACGCAGAUUCACGCGAUCUCUCGAAUGGAAGAACAUUACUGAUAUGGGCAGCAAUGAACGGCCACAAGGCCCUUGUUGAGCUUCUCCUUCAAAGAAAUGCUAGCGUCAAUGCGAAAGAUAUUCAAAAUGGCACAGCACUGUUACAGGCCAUCGCCAAUAAACACAUCGAGAUCAGCCAGGUUCUGUUAGAGGCAGGUGCCCAUGUCGAGGACAGAGAUUAUUGCGGCCACACGCCACUUACUCUUGCCGCUGCGGCCGGGUCGAAUGCCACUGUCAAGUCUUUAUUAGCGGCAGGGGCUGAAAUCGAGGCCAAGGACUGGCGACAGAGUCGGACUGCGUUGUCUUGGGCCGCAGAGCAAGGGCACGAAGAUAUCGUCGAAAUGUUGUUGGAAAGCAAUGCAAUCGUGGACGCGGUGGAUGAACAAAAUCGGACCCCGAUCAUAUGGGCUGCGAUGAAUGGACACGCCAAAGUCGUCAAGCUAUGUCUACGAUGGAACGCCAGCACAGAGAUCAAAGACACGAAAUACGACCGGACGCCAUUUCUAUGGGCCAUCAAGCAAGAACAUGAGGCCGUAAUUCAGGUUCUGAAAGGAAUUUCGCCCCCGGAGAUCGAUUACGGACUACCUUUACACCCUGAGCCACCUUCUUCGGCUCGGCUUGAUGGACUGCAAGAGCUUUUCAGAACCAUCAACCCCGACUUUGACUGGAGGAAGAACGGAGGUGGUGAGCUUCUACUAUGGACCCUUGAAGACGACCGCGAAGAAGACUUCAAGUUCCUCCUUGCACAAGGUGCGAAUAAAAACGCGAAGGACAAGGAUGGGAAAACUGCUCUCGCGAAUGCAGCUUACCACGGCCAAUCGGACGCGGUGAAGCUACUUCUGGAGCAGGGCAUUGAUGCAGAUCCAGUCGACGGCUUCAAUCGAACACCUCUAUCCUGGGCUGCGGAAAUGGGACAUGCCGAGAUCGUCCAACUUCUGCUGGAGAAAAAAGUCAAUCUCGAUACAGUAGAUGACGAUGAAUCGACACCUCUUCUUUGUGCUGCUUCUCAGGGCCAUGAAGUCGUUGUGUCACUGUUAAUAGACGCGGGCGCCGAUCCCUGUGCUGAAGACGGAAACUCGCGUAAUGCACUUUCAUUCGCGGCUGAGAGCGAGAACAUGUCACUGGUUGCCUUACUUCUUGCGAAGGGAGUCUCGCCCGAUGAGGGGUCGGAAUAUUCAGCCCUCAGCGAGGCUGUGAGUGCUAAUAAUCGGGAGCUUGUGCAAAUGCUGCUUGCGCAUGGAGCGGAUCCCUACUCAGAGUCAUAUGGUCAUGUCGAGCUUCCUCCUUUAGUUCUUGCAGCAUGUCAUGGGAAGACGGAGCUGGUAGAGAUAUUUUUGGACAGACCGGCAAAAUCGCCCGAGGUGAAGAAAGAGCAAAUUUGUCGGGCUUUGGUUGAGGCCUCUGACGAGGACAAACAUGAGGUUGUUGAGGUGAUUUUGGAACAAGUUUCUUCACAUGGUAUUCAGAAAGGAGAUAUUGAUGAUAUGGUGCUGGAAUAUGCUCAGCGGAAUGAGGAUGACGACCUUGUUGAUCUGUUACGGCCUUACUUUUCGGACUUUGAGAUGAGCUCUGAAUCUGACUCUGACUCCGAGUGA